AUGACUCUGCCUGUCCAUGUUACCGACCCAUCUAUUGGAUCUCUACCAUGUAGGUGCCGUUCCUGUACUUUCUUCGCUUGCUAUUAUUAUCCUCCCCCCCAGCUCACACUCAGUUUACCCAUUACUCCUCACGGUCCUUACUAUUGCUACAGGACAGUCUACACCCUCCUCAUAAUCAACAAAGCCGGCGGCCUAGUCUAUAACCGCGAUUUCUCUCCCUCUCCCAACCCCUCGGUCGAAAAGAUCUCCACAAACGACUACCUCGUCCUAGCGGGCACCUUCCACGGCGUACACGCCAUAACGAAAUCCCUCACGCCGCGAAUCCCUACCAGAAACCCUACCUCCUCUAGCCGACCCAACAGCAAUCCCAACGCCUCGAACAUCGCUCCAUCCCUCGAUAACAACCCGCCCUCCUCCCAACAAAUCCAGACCACAACACCAAAUCCCAAUCUCCCAGUCACCGGUCUAGAAACGCUCGAAACCUCCUUCUUCCGCCUAACUUGUUUCCAAACCCACACCGGAACCAAAUUUCUCCUCAUCACCGACCCGCUCAUGCCGAAUGUGGAUGCGGUCAUGAAAGGCGUAUAUGAGCGGUAUGCAGAUCAUGUUAUGAAGAAUCCGUUCUAUCAGCUUGAGAUGCCGAUCAGGGUUGAGGGCUGGGAUAGGGCGGUUGGACAGUGGUUGGGUGGGCGGUGA